GGUACGGAGUCCAUUAAGAUGGAGAACGGCCAAAGCACGGCGGCGAAGCUGGGGCUUCCUCCCCUCACACCAGAACAGCAGGAAGCUCUCCAGAAAGCGAAGAAGUACGCGAUGGAGCAGAGCAUCAAGAGCGUGCUGGUGAAGCAAACCAUCGCCCACCAGCAACAGCAGCUCACCAACCUUCAGAUGGCAGCAGUGACAAUGGGCUUUGGAGAUCCUCUCUCACCUUUACAAUCGAUGGCAGCGCAGAGGCAGCGCGCCCUGGCCAUCAUGUGUCGUGUGUAUGUGGGCUCCAUAUACUACGAGCUGGGAGAAGACACCAUUCGCCAGGCCUUUGCCCCGUUUGGACCUAUAAAAAGCAUUGAUAUGUCCUGGGACUCUGUUACGAUGAAACACAAGGGUUUUGCUUUUGUGGAAUACGAGGUACCUGAAGCCGCUCAGCUGGCCUUGGAGCAGAUGAAUUCUGUCAUGCUGGGAGGAAGAAACAUAAAGGUUGGGAGACCCAGUAACAUCGGGCAGGCACAACCAAUUAUCGACCAGCUUGCAGAAGAGGCCCGGGCCUUCAACCGCAUCUACGUGGCCUCUGUUCAUCAGGACCUGUCCGACGAUGACAUCAAGAGCGUGUUUGAGGCCUUUGGGAAGAUUAAAUCCUGCACGCUGGCCAGGGAUCCCACGACGGGGAAACACAAAGGCUAUGGUUUCAUCGAAUACGAGAAAGCGCAGUCUUCUCAAGACGCUGUUUCCUCCAUGAACCUCUUUGACCUCGGGGGUCAGUACCUCCGGGUUGGGAAAGCCGUGACUCCUCCGAUGCCUCUCCUGACGCCCGCUACGCCGGGAGGGCUGCCUCCUGCAGCAGCCGUCGCCGCAGCCGCUGCCACGGCCAAGAUCACAGCACAGGUAAGGCAGGGGCUGCUGCGACUCAGCCGAG